CACACCUCAGAUGGCCUGCUGCUGCUGCGGCUCCUACAACUCGUGGAAACUAGAAUGUCUUUGGCGCUCCUUUGCAUGAAGACAACCCGCUCGUAAGGACAUAUUUGUCAAACCAAUCUUUUUAUUACUGAUCACAAUGGCGCUUAAUUAUGAACCUUCACGGACACAUCCGCUCUUGGCAUUUAUCACGUUCGUUGCGCUGUGGGGUUUUGCGCUCUCCAUCACCCGCUACUCCAUACCGGAGGAAAUGGAAGAGGGUUCCUUUGUCGCCAAUCUAGCCACAGAUCUCGGUCUGGAUGUUCGCAGUUUGCUGGAGCGCAACGCGAAGCUCGAUGUCAUUCACAGCAAAAAUUACCUGGACAUCAACAAAGACACGGGGGAGCUGAUCAUCCGCGAAAGAAUGGACCGGGAGAGCAUAUGCACGACCAAAACGACCUCCUGCUUCCUGAAAAUGGAUGUCAUCCUCUCUAAUCCCGUUCGCAUUUUCAACAUUGAGCUGGAGAUCUUGGACAUCAAUGACAACGCGCCCGUUUUCCGGAGGAAGACGAUGCAUUUGGACGUUUCAGAGGCAACCCCUGCCGGCGAGAGGUUCUCCCUGACAAACGCGGUGGAUGCGGAUGUGGGGGCGAAUUCAGUCAAGACCUACUAUCUGAGUGAAAGUAAAUACUUUAGCAUUAACAUCCAGACUGGCAGCGAUGGGUCCAAAUAUGUGGAUCUGGUGCUCAGUGCUAAACUGGACAGAGAGGAGGAUGCAAUUCAUAAUUUGAUUUUAACUGCAGUGGAUGGGGGAGUGCCUCCUCGCUCCGGCACAGCCAGCAUAAUCAUUAAUGUUCUAGAUAUCAACGAUAAUGCCCCCACUUUCAGUCAGCCCGUCUUUGCUGUCAAUGUUUCAGAGAAUUCUCCUGUAGGGACGGUGGUGAUGACCUUAAACGCAACUGAUUUAGAUGGAGGCGCAAACGCUGACUUGGUAUACUCCUACACUCUUUACACAUCAGAAAAGACACAGGAGCUCUUCUCCCUGGAUCCAAAGUCAGGUGAGAUCAGAGUGAAGGGGGUGAUUGAUUAUGAAGAGAAUCAAAGUUUUGAGAUGCACGUUCAGGCUCAGGACAGAGGGGCAAACCAGCUGUCAGGACAUUGUAAAGUGAUGGUUUAUGUUACGGACCUGAAUGAUAACCACCCAGAAGUGAUCAUCAAAUCCCUGAAGAGAUCAGUGACUGAAGAUGUAUCUGUAGGGACUCUGAUUGCUGUGGUUAGUGUCAGUGAUAGAGAUUCUGGAGACAACGGGGAUGUGGACCUUACCCUGAACCAACAGGAAGCCUUACCCUUUCUUUUAAACAAAUCCUCAGAGGGUUACUUUGAGCUGCUGGUGUCAAGGCCGCUGGACAGAGAGGUCAAAGGCAGAUAUGAUAUCAAACUUUUAGUGACAGACAGAGGUUCUCCAGCCUUAACUGAAAAUGAAACCAUCACUUUAGAGAUUCUGGAUGUCAAUGACAAUGCACCCAUGUUCUCUCAGUCCUUCUAUACAAUCCAUGUUAUGGAGAAUAAUCCACCUGGUGCGUUGUUGACAUCUUUAAGUGCACAUGACCCAGAUUUGAAUGAAAACCAAUACUUAGUUUAUUUUAUAAUGGAAAAAGAAAUAGUAAACAUGUCUAUGUCCAUGCUUUUCUCUAUCAACCCUGAGAACGGAGAUCUUUAUGGCCUGAAGACCUUUGACUAUGAGAGAGAAAAGGAGUUCCUGUUCCACAUUGAAGCUAGAGACUCUGGUGUUCCUCCACUAAGCAGCAACGUGACAGUUCAUAUAGUCAUUCUGGACCAAAAUGAUAACAAUCCCAUCAUUGUAUCACCAUGGCGGGGACAUGGCUCUGUGGUUGAGGAGGUCAUACCUAGGUCCACAGAGAAAGGACACUUGGUGACCAAAGUGGUUGCCAUUGAUGCAGACUCUGAGCAGAAUGCCAGGGUCACAUACCAGUUGCUGCAGAUCAGUGACUCGACUCUCUUUAGCCUGGAUCAGUACAAUGGUGAGAUCCGAACAACAAGGAUGUUCAGCUAUAGAGACCCAAGACAGCAGAGACUGGUGGUUAUAGCAAAAGACAAUGGACAACCUGCUCUGUCUGCUACUGUUACUAUUAAGAUAUCAACAGUGGAGCAUUCCAUGACCUUCUUAGAGACAACAGAGUUACCAUUAGAGUAUGAAGUCUUCACAAACCUAAACCUGUACCUCGUUAUUGGUCUAGGAGCUGUGUCCUUUCUGCUGCUGAUAACCAUCUUGGUUAUCAUUGUCCUGAAAUGUCAAAAACCAAAACCAAAGGCCAUCAAGAUGCCCCCAGCCAACAGAAACAGCUUGAUCAGCCAGAGAAGCUCCACUAUUGCAGAUUCCACCCUGAUCUCCAGUGAUGCCUACUGGUAUAGCUUGUUCCUCGCUGAAACCAGAAAGGGGAAAGUGGUGGUGAGACAACCCAUCAUUCCCAAAGGAGCAGGAUAUUUUGUAUCCAGCAUACCCAGAAGCAUAGGCCCAAGUGAAACCACAGACUCCAGAGCAUCAACACUGGAGUACUCAAAAUGAAAGGAAGUCCAUUCUACAACUGGAGCAGGAGCCCAGAAGAGACCUGCGGUGAUGUAACCAUCUCUUCACGGGAGGACGAAACUUCCCAGGGACUUGGAAAGAAGAUAAAAAGAUUUUUUUUGCCCUUAGUCUCUGUGCUCCAGUUCUUAAUUUACUCUAUUCCCACUAAUCCAACACACAAACAUCAAUGGUUAAUCCCCAUAUUCUUUGCCAGUGUUUUGCUAUGAGGUAUAAAGUCAUACACUAACUAGUGUUUGGACAAAACAGUUUCUACAGGAUGCCUGGACUAUUACUAUUGAGGUUUCGUGGAGUAUGUCUAAAAAUGCCACAGUUCUUAAAUUUGCCUUUUUAAUCCAGGGAUUACAGUUCGCUACGAUUUUAGAAGCAAUCAGUAGCCCAAAAUAAACCUAAGUUAUAAUUUUAUUUUAAACUGGAGUUUGAAACACGCCUAAUCAUAAAUAUAGACAUAAAUCAGGGUGAAUAUACUUCUUCCAUCAAUAUAUCCAUUAUUGUAGCCGGUCAUAACAUUGAUUCAGGCAUGAAACUUGGUGUUUUUUGUCUUUUUUUUUUUUGUAUUGAGAUUUUUUUCUCUUUUAUAAGGUUCAAUCUUUUAUCUAGUAGUAACCAGUGAUUCAGUUUUAGGUAUUUUUUUAUACAAUGAUUUUUUUUGUGUGUUCUGAAUGUCUAAAAAAUGACAAAAAGAAUGAAAGAAAAAAGUAAAAGAAAAAGCAAAAAUUUAUCUUCUUAUUUGAUUGUAGUUGUUAUAGGUUAUAUGGGAGUCGUUAUGAGAUUAGAGAAAGUAAAAGGCUAAACAACAGCAGGUGCAAUGCAUACAUUGUGAGGAGUGUACAUCCUCUUAUCAUCAUGAGAUGUUAAAUUGGGGAUAGAUCCAUUUAUUUGAACUAGGAUUGAUCUCCAGCUUUGAUUGAUAACAUAACACUUGGGUAAACGAGAGAGAUUUUAUAAUGAAUAUUGUCUUAUCCAUACAAGGUAUUUGGCUCAAAUAUAAAUAGAAACUCCAACUAAUAUUUUGAUGAAUUUCCCUGUGCAGAGAAAAAAAAAAGUUUUUUGCAGUUUUUAACAAGAUCAUAGGAACAUCUAAAAAGCAGCACUCACCAUUCAAAGGGCUUUAUAAGAUAAAAUCCGUCAUCCUGGAAGAAAAUAUAAAGCUUUUUUU